AUGGAGGUGCUGCAUCCCGAUGGCGCGCCGCCCAUCGCCGCUGGCGCCUCCGACGGCUUGUCGCCAACUGGGCCCCUGGCGCCACAGUCGACUGUCUGCGGUUCUCGCCCGAAGUGCGUUGCCGCGGCACGGCGCCAGCUGUGUACCGCCAGCGGCAUGAUGUCAGGAGAAUUCACGCUCAGCCGAGGCGAGAUGUCGCCGAUGAGCAUGCCGUCUGGAUCGGACACUGAGGUGGAUGGCGAGGCCAAGAAGGAGCCCGCGGAGGCUUCAGAAGAUCAGCACCCAGCGGCAGAAGCGGCCGAGUCGGAGCCCGGCGCGCUUGCACCUCCAAUUGGCCACGCCGACGAGGACAUCGACAAGGGCGCGCCGACUCCGCCCCUGGCCAUCGGCGAUGUUCCGAAGCCGAGCCCUCCCAAGCGGGCGGCGUCGUCAGCAGCUGGCUCAUCGUCGCCCGCGCCGCACGCGGUGUCGACGCCGCCCCCGAAGAGGCAGAAGAUCGUCAAGAAGUCCCCUUCGAACAAGUGCUGCGAGCUCUACGCGCCCCAGCCGACCGACGCGGCGACGCCC